AUGCUCAAAGUGCUAGGAGAAAGUGGCGCGUCCAGUGCGUCGAGAAGCCAGCACCCUCUUGUUGCAAUCCUUUGUGUGGGGAUGUCGUGGCUGGUAAAUUGCCUUUAUGGCGGCGACCACACGACACAAUUCUGGCGUGUGGCGGGGGUUGAUCACCUGAUAAUUGCGAACGGCAACUCAAAUUCUCUGCCGUUUUUGAAAGUGAAGGACGCAAAUAUGAUGAAUCAGUGGGGCGUAUUUACUACGAUGCCAUCUAGUCUUUGCCGUAAUUGUUCGCCCUUUCGCUUAUUGCUAGAAGAGGUAGUUUGUGUUGCGAACCUCAUUUCCAGUAGUGACUACGGGAAAGUGAGCCACGCUAUCGCUCUGGCCAGAGACAUCACGCAGCUGAAUGGAACAAUCAAUGAACAGGUGCAAGUGAUUCUGUACACAUUUGGGGCUGGAUGGAAACUGCGUGGCGAACUGUGA